GUUGUUUUAUUGUAUUGUAUAUUGCUGUCUCUGUUUUAAGUUAGUAUAUUGUUUUUAACUUAUUCUCUUGUUUUUAGUGUAUAGUACUUUGGUCACUCUUUGGGCUGUUGUACAGGGCUAUAUAAAUACACUUUGAUUGAUUGAUUGAUUGGAAGUACCCAGAAGUUCUCAGUAGGACUGAAGUUGAGGAAAGGAGAGAGGUCAUUAUUCAGUCACACUUGAGCCCAUCUGUUGGUGAGCCAAGCAGUGGAGUGCCUGGAUGAAUGUGAUGGAGCAUGGGGUCAUUGCAUUCUUGAAAAGGCCUUCCUGUAUUACUGCUUGAAAAAGUGUCUUUAGGAAACCAUCAUUAGGUUUGGGACCUGAUUUUUGUUUCAUCUUCAAUCUGAAAAGGUCCAACUACCUCAUCCCCACUGAUAGCAGCCAUUACCGAGACCCCUAUUUCACCUUGCUUGUGCCUGAGUGUUGUCCGGUGUUCUUUGUGUUACAAGGAAUUAACUGGACUUGCCUGAGUUCCUUGAAGACAUUUCACCUGUCAUCAAUCUUCUCCAGUACAGAUCCAGCCACAGGUCUAUCCAUUGGGUCCAUCAGGAGUCAUGCUAAUUUAAUCUGUCCAUGAAAUCUUUGAAAAAUCAGUUUUUAGGUAAAUCUAUGUCCAGUGUGGACAAUUACACCUAUGGUGAACUGACUGGUGAAUCUUUAGUAGGGGUUUUGUUUCAACCUUAUUUGAAAUGGUGUACUUCUAGACACUACAAAUAGGUUGCGGAUUUGAAAUGUAAUGACAUUGCAGGAUAAUGGCUUCCUGGUAGCUUCGUGCUUAACUUUUUGCAGUUUUGGCCUUUUCUUAAUGUUAUUACUAUUUUUUUUCUUUGUGACCCGAACGACUAUUCAGAGCAAGAAAUUUGAUUGUCUUGUGGUCAGGGCUUAUUAGUCCUACAUGUGUCUCAGGGGUAUUUUUGAAUGUCAGAGUCCAUUAAAUCUAUUUUUUAUCCCAUUUUACCAGAAGUACAGAAGCUGCCUGACAAUUAUGCACACCUUAGUAUAGGAUAGAAAUCAGUUAAAUACAUAUCACCUGAAAAUUAUUCAAUCUGAUGUCAGUGUUAAAAAUGUUAAAUAAUAAUACCAAAACUCUCAUACACAUGCAGUGUACACACACACACACACACACACACACACACACACACACACACACACACACACACACACACACACACACACACGUGUGUAGAUAAAUAUAGACAGGGGUAGAAAACAAUGGUUGCAUCCCCUUAGGUAGAUUGUAUGUCUGCUCCCUUGGCUCCUUCCCCUUGACAAAAAAAAAAACACACCCUUUAGUAUCAGCAUAAUCAAUGGGGAGUGGUGCUAGAGGGGGUGGCCACGGCAGCCUGCCUGUCUGUGAUUCGCUGACAUGCGCUUUAAUUGGAUCAAGUAGGAACUUGCUUAGCUGGAUGCUUUGUGCUAGGAUUGGGAGCAGCCUGCAAAGACAGCACGGACACACCACCAGACAGGAAGAGAGGCAGAAAAGGGAGGAGGCCAGCAGCUGGCCUGCUAACCACUUGGAGAGGAAAGAUUGAGAGAGGAGGGCUGAGAGAAAAAAGGGGAGUAUCCAGUCUCCUCUUCCCUUCUUUGCUACUGCAGCCCCCCUCCCUCUCUGUGUGAUUCUCUUUCUUUCUCUUUCCCCUUACUCAUCUGUUUCUGUGGCUGCACUGAGAGGAAGGGCACCUGCCGCUCCCUGAUGAUUCAGCCUUUCAGCUGCCUGGAGUUCUACAGACACAACAGCAUGUCCCUCCUGCCACUGCAGUGCCUGGCUGUCCUGUCCUCUGCACUACAGUUGCUGCAGCUGCAGCCAGCCCAUCACGUCGACAUUGCCUGUUCUUCCUCUUCAGCCCAAGUGUUCAGCAAAUAUGGCGAUUGUACAGACCCAUGAUUAUAUGUGUUCUGAAAAAGCAUGAGUAAGGAACUCCUUACCCUAAUGCACAGGCUGACUACAUAUCUUCCGGACUGUUAACAAGGUUCAACUGUCUGAAGGGCAUUUUUACUUUCCUCUGAAAUCCCAGCUCUGACUUUGUGUCCUCAUGAUAGAAAACACGGCCAAGGACACGGGUGGCAGACAGCCACUGUGUGAUGCUUUGAGUUAAAAGUUGAAGUCUUCAGGGACACUUCAUCCAGCAGUUCGAAAGGAUGACUGAGGGAAUGGAGGAUUUCUAUGCAGGGCCAGCUCCUCCUCCUGGAUCAUCCUCCCCCACCAGCUCUACUGUUGAUACUGGACAAGUCCCAGAGGAGAAACCAGAGGAGACAGAGGCAGUUGGUGAGAGAGGGGAGGAGGAUGCAGAGGAAACUGCAGAAGGAGGAGGUGAUGGCGAUGGGGAGCAUGUGGGGGCUUCGGGAAUUGUGGCCUUGCCUGGGACCUGCUGCGUGUGCAUAGAGAUGGAACAGAUUAAUAAAUGCCUGCACUCUGAGAAAAUCUGCAUUCUGCCCAUCCUAGCCUGCCUGCUUAGCUUAGCCCUCUGCACAGCUGGCCUCAAAUGGGUCUUUGUGGAUAAGAUCUUUGAGUAUGAACCACCCACACACUUAGAUCCUAAACCUAUUGGACAGGACCCAAUUAUUAUAUCAGUUGACCCCAGGCUGGAAAUAACUGUCUCAAUUCCUCAUUUAGCUCCCUCUACUGUCUCCCUAUCCACAACCAUCGCCAUUACUCCAGGACAUCCUGAAGUUUUAGUCGAAGAGAAAUUUACACAAGGGCCAUACGUGCCUCAGUCUCCAAGAGAGAUGGAACCCUCUGCAACACUGAAAUACAACGCUGAACAUCCCACUGUCCCAAAGCAGACUGCACACCCCCAGACAGCACAGGAAUUAAACAACAUCAUCCCGACUAUCUCUACCACCAGCACCUCCACUGCAGUCAAGACUUCCAGUCAUGUGACACGCUGCAGUGACAGCCAGAGGAACUACUGUGUUAACGGAGGGGAGUGCUUCACCCUUGAAAUUAUGCCGGGCAGUACAAAGUUUCUCUGCAGGUGUCCAAAUGAAUUUACUGGUGAUCGCUGCCAAAACUAUGUAAUGGCCAGCUUUUACACUGAGGAGCUGUAUCAGAAACGUAUUUUAACAAUAACAGGAAUCUGCAUUGCACUCCUAGUCGUUGGACUCAUGUGUGUGGUUGCCUACUGCAAAACAAAGAAACAGAGGAAGAAAUUACGUGACCGUCUGAGGCAGAGCCUGAAGAAUAAGAGGAACAACAAUACAAAAGCAGACAUUGGCUCCAACCUUGCAAGGUCUACCAGAGGAUGUCAGAGUUCUAACUUGCCACUUCAAGAUUUGAAGCUUGUCAAUCAGUGUAAUGGGAUGAAUAUGCAGCAUGCAGCUGAGGAGACGGAAACAACCAUCUCUUCAAGCAAAUAUGCCUUAUGUGCGCAUGAACCUACUGAGCUCACCCACAUCUCCAGCCAAAGGUUUGCAUCUGCCAUGACAAACUUGAUUCGACUGUCUCCAGAGUGUGGGACCUCUCCAAUAACCCCAGGGUCUCCUCCAUCAGAGAUGUCACCACCCCUUUCCAGCCUGGCCAUCUCUGUCCCCUCAGUGGCUUUAAGCCCCUCUGGAGAGGAGAAGCGCCCCUUGUUGUUGUCAGGCAUAGGUCAUCAACAAAGGUUGACGAGCCAAGAUGAACAGAAGAGGACCUCUUUCCACUACAAUCAUGGUCAUGUGGCACAUAGCUUACCACCUAGUCCACUGCUUAGUGUGGAGAAUGUUAACUACCAAACAGGAGAUGAUAACACCACAGCUCUCAUGUUUUCAGCAUCGAGUGGGAUAAUAACUAAUAUAAACAAAAAUAUCAGUGACUACAGCAUGAAAAGAAUCACUGGCCACAUGCUGCAUUACAUGGAGUCUAGUGGUGAUAGCAUGUUAGUGAGUGAAACAGAGGAGCCUCAGGGGGAACAGACACAUUUCCUUAGCACAGAAAGCACUACAACCCCUUUGCUCAAGGCCAUGGACAGCAACAGGACUAACCCAGCAUCACCACUUGAUGGCCUGCAAGUCAUGUCAUCCUACCCUACCAUCAAACAAGAUCCAAUUGCUGUGUAAAGUAAAAAGAAAUUGCAGAGAAUCCUUUGUGUUGAGGGGAAAAAAUGAAAUCACAAUUCAACCUUUAUUUUAUAUACAUUAUUUGCUGUGUAAAGACUUUUAAAGAAUGAAAAAUGAAACUUUUAUUUUAGUGAUGUAGUGAAUAAAGAGUUUUAUAUUAAAAAAUGUACAUAUGUGGUCAUGUCUUGUAGGUAAAGUGCCAUACACUACUAUGUAGUAGCUGUUCACAGUAGAUUUCAGUGCAGAAAAUAUCGAUGGUGCCUUUCUGUUUAAUAUGCUUAAGGGAACUGUAACAUCAGAUAUUGGGCCAUGUAUCACUAUCUUAAUCUUCCAGUAAACACUGAAAAAACUUAAUGGCUGCUUUUAACGUCCUGCUGCUGAAAGUGCCCACCGACACGAUAGUUUAAAAGUAGGUAAAAAUGAAUAGUAAAUAGGUUCAAGGUGCAUGCUAUGUUCUAAAAUUCUGUGAUGAAAUAACAAGCAGUUUGUGCUUUCCUCUACAGCCAUUGUCACACAAGCUUUCUCACUGAGACUUUCUUCAGGAAUACAGUUUUGAUCUUCAAUGUCUGAUUGAUAUUUAUGAAUACAUAAUUAAUCAGCUCAUUACUUGCAUUUGAUGAGAGGUAGAGAAGAUGUUACAGAUCAUGAUGUUUAAUUCUUUUCUGGACUACCCAAUAGAUUACCUGUUUGAUUCAGCAUCCUGUUGGGUAAAAAUUAUUAUAACUGAUAGAUCAAUGUGCAGUCUGGCUCUUUAAUACUACUUAUACUAACGUAAACUACGUAAAUUAAACGCAUACAUUUUUUUGUAUCUAAUUCUUUAUUGAGUUUCUAAGUUAAAGGGCUACCGCAAUGUUGUAGUACUUCCACAACAUUUAGAUUUCAUCUGAAACAGCAGAGGAAUUAUUUUCCGACUUCAAGUUCCUGGCAUGGUCAAGCUUGAUGCUGAAUCCUAUGUUUCCCAUCAUUUUUGAAAGUAUCUUUAAAGUUAAAGCUUUAUUUUUUUUAUGCUGGUAGGUGUUCACAUCUUCACUGAGCCUAGACUGACUCAGUUAAGGUGGUGCCCCCAAAGACAUAACUACUAGUGAAGACCAGCAAUUUUCCAUUGUGGCAUAUUUAAAUCAAAAGUAUGUACAAAUAUCCACAAAGUGUGUACUGAAUGAUAUGCUGAAUAUAUGGCUCAUUUCAUCCUGUGUGAAGACAUCAUGUGCUCCUAAGGUUGGGGCUUAAAGAAACUGCUACAUCUAUAUAUGAUAACUAACUGCUUUAAUUUGAGUCAUAUCUCUGAUAGAUUUUAUUUUUUCCACAUUUAACUUGUUACAACCUCCAAAGACUGUAUGCAAUGAUGUUUUCAAUUGCCACAGCUUGUGUACAAAUGUGCAAUCUUAUUGUACUUCUGAUUUUUUUUUUAAAAAACAGAGUUUGGACAGUGUCUGCUUGUAUGAGCAUAGUUUAUGAAAAUCUGCCAAAGACUGUCACUUCUGACUCCUAGAAUAAAUAUACUUUUGAAAACUAAAUCAAAAAUAACAAUUAUUGGACUCUGUGGUGAGCCAGAGUUUCUGAAAAUGUAUGUAUACAGAAUCAGCAGUCAGCCUAGCAUUUGAAUAAGUAUGAUGACGAGGACGUGCUGCCCCAUUUGUGUUUUACUGUAUCUUAUACCUGAUCAAGAUUAUUUAUAGUUUAUUAGGUAGUCCAACAGUAGUUGUAGUUAUAUAAUACAUACGGUCAUAUUAAGCAAAUUUAGUUUAAAAGAGGUAACAUAGCAUAUGGUAAUUUCAUCUACAUGGUUAUUUGAACUAAACAGGUGAUAACCAUUUGUACAUUUGGGCACUUGUAUGCUUAGCAUAAGUCACAAUGCAUUGCUUUUAGAAGUAGGAGUGUCUUCAAAUUCUGUAAAUAUAUAAUGAAAACCUUUAGCACUGUUGUUUAUUAUUGAAUAUUAAAGUGUUUUGUGUCUCAGAGUUUUAAAAUAUCUCCAGUUAAAAAUAUUCUUUCAGCUCUUCUGUCAUACCACUGAAUGAAUCUGUGCUAUUGUAAUAAAAAAAUAUACUUUACAUUUCAUUUAUAUGGAAUAUAAAUAAAAUGUAUCUCACAUAAAUUUGAUUGUGAAAUAUAAAUGAAAUGUAUUCUAUGUAUAUUUGAUUGCAUUUUGUACUUUUAUAAAGUUGGAAGUUUAUUACGA